GGCUUCGCUAAGUGAGGAGGCGAAGAAGAAGAAGAAGAAGAAGGGGGAGAAAACUUGGCCGCGACGUUCCCACCUCCUCCCUACAACGCGACUCGACCCCGCAUCACUUCUGGUUUGCCAACUGGAUGGAUCGCUCGCUCGACGCCUUGGACUGCUCCAUUUGGCAUCUGAAAAAAUCUGAUAGUUGGUGAGGAGUUCUUCAUGUCAGAGACUGCUGUAGCCUCGGCACAAAGAGUACUGUAGCUCCUGGACCCCCUUAAGAGCAAGCAAAUGGACGAGAAAGAGUUGAGUGACCCCCUGAAUAAUGUGGCAUUGAUUAAAGAUGACCUGACCAGGUCAAACAUGGGGUCGUCUGGGGACUCGGAAAAGAUAUUGCAGCGCUUGAAUGAUGAACUUCGAGAAGCCCAGGACCUUGCUAAUACAGAGAAGCACAAAUCCAUGGAGCUACUAGGUAUCCUGGAGGAAGAGAGAGAAGAAAAUAAGCAACAAGCUGAUGAAUCUGCGAAACAGAUCAAACUUCUUCAAGGCCAGCUGCGGCAGCUCCAUGAUGAAAUCGGCGUCCUCAGGGAGCAGAUUGAUGUUUCCUCCGGUUCACGCGACGAGCUGCAAAGUGCACGCGAUGAGGUGAAUUCACUGAAACGUGCCCUGGAGUCGGCCACUGCGGAGCGGGACCGCGACGUGGCUGCUAUCCAGACUAACCUGGCAACCGCCUCGAAGGAUCUGGACAAGUGGCGUCAGACCGCCAACAAAUACGAGCAUGAGAUUGAAAAUCUCCAGUGUGACCUUCAGCAGCAGAGCAAGCAGUGGCAGAAAACUGCCGAGAUACAAGCUGGUGAGCUGCAGUCCAUGCAGGCGGAGUGUAACGGCCUUCAGAAGGAAUGCUCUGUCCUGCGAUCUGAGAGGCAGGAGAUCGUGAAUAAGCACCAGAAGGAGAAGAGCAGUCUGCAGAGUGAAUGUGCUUCCCUCAGGGCCGAGAAGGAGGAACUCACCAAGACUCACCUGAAGGAGAAGGGAAACCUACAGAGUGACUGUGCCGCACAGCGCUCCGAGAAAGAGGCCGUGCUGCAGAAACAGCAGCAGCUGGAGAAGGAACUUGCCGGUUCUCGUGCCCAGAAUGCUGAGCUGACCAACAGCCAGAAAGCCCUGGAGAGAUCCCAGCAGGAGCUGGAGAAGAGGCUGGCAGCCCUGCAGCUCCAGCACCAGCAGGAUAGCACCAAGUGGCAAAGCCAAGUGGAUGAGGCAGACAGUCGCAGCAGCGCUCUGCAGAGAGAGUGUGAGGAUGCUAAGACGGAGCUGUCAGACCUGAAGGAAAGGUAUGAGAAGACUGAGCAGGAAAAGCAGUCGCUCACAGAUGAGCUCGGGGAGUGCAAAGCCAAUAUGAAGGACUUGCAGGAGAAAGGAACCAAGACAUCCCUAUUGCUGCCUGUUCAAGCCAUAGUCAUCGGCCUUAUCCUGGCUUUGCUGUAUUGGUGCUUCAGCGCAUUGUGGUAGUAAGAAGCCGUGGAUGAUCUGGGGGCCUGUGGUUGCUGUGGCUCUAACGGCUGUGACGGCUGCUUUGCUCUUCAGGACCUGAGGGCAACUCGCUUGAGAGAACACGAGUGAAUCCAUAUUCGUCUGCACUAAAAACCGAGAAACUUGCCCCCUCAUCAUAUCUGCACUGUUAAUUAGGAGGGCUCAUACUUAACACUGUUUAAUUUCUAAGAUGUUCUAUUUUAGAUGGCAGAGACGUUAAUAAAAGAAUGUCAUGUUUAUGUGGAAAUGAAUAAGUUUGUUUGUAUGUCUCGUGUGAAGCAACUCCAAGUAUCUUUUUUAUUUUGGCUACUAUUUUGACUUAUAGUAUUAUCCAUUAACGAAUGUAAAGAGACUCUACACGGUUAAUUCAAAAUAUAUAUGAUGAUAUUUUUGGAGUUUGAACCUCCCCAAAUGUAACGCAUCUCUGUAAUUGUCAGAAUAAUAAUAAAUAAUAAAUGUUCACACAA